AUGCACAAUGCUAUCCAUAUCCCAAAUUUCGUCACCGCUGCCAACACCCUCUUCAUCGUCAUUGUGCAUGUCGAUGAUUGCACGAUCGUCACAUCCUCCCUUGCUUUCAUUGCCCGCCUCAAGGCCCCGCUGCGCGAGCAUGUCGAGGUUCCUGAUCUUGGCGAGUUGCACUGGCUCUUGGGCAUUGAAGUCAAGCAUGACCGGGCAACCCGCACCAUCGACCUCUCCCAGCA